AUGGAGAAAAAGAAAAUGAUUCUUCGUUCUGUUCCACAGCUUGGAACCUUCGCUGUUCUUGAUAUACUAUUCACGAUAUAUGAACACAGUUCGCAAGGUUCAUCAGCAGAAGCUCGGCAUUUCGUUGAUUCGAUAUUCAAGUUGAAAAGCGGAGAAUUUUUGAAUCAUUUCAAAACGGCCAAAGGCGAACAAUCAAUUGUAGUUUGCGACGUUGAUGUGUUAGCCAGUGACAUGAUGAUUCAUUUAGGUUUAGAUGAUCUUCCGAUCGGAUUGAGAUCAGUCAAUUAUCGGUUCGAUAGGAUUGCCAACUACUCAACUCGUCGAACAGUUCUGAAUUCAAUUGAUCCAUGUGUUCAAACUGAAAAUCCAAUCAUUCUUCGUAACUAUCAAGAAGAGUUGUGUCGCUUGGCUAUAGAAGGCGUCAAUACUAUCAUCACCGCGCCAACUGGAACUGGAAAGACUGUAGUGGCAGCUAAAAUUAUCAAACAUCACUUCGAAGUCGAGGAAAAUAAGGAGCAAAGAUUUAAGGCUCUUUUCAUGACACCAAACACGACGAUUCUACAUCAACAAGCCGACAAAUUGAAGUACUAUCUCGGACACGCUUACAAUAUCAGAAUUUGUCAAGGAUCAGAUAACACUUCGGUUCGCGGAGCAGUUCUUUCUAAUGAUGUUAUUGUGGCAACACCUCAAAUGAUUGUUAAUCUGUGCAACGAACAUGAUGACGAAUUAUCAGAGUUCUCGAACGAGAAAUUCUAUCUUUCAACCUUCACAAUAAUCGUUUUCGAUGAGUGUCAUAGUACGGUGAACAACUCUCCCUAUGCAAAUAUCAUGCGGGAGUAUCAUAAUCUCAAAAACAUGGGAACUGUACCGGAUGGUCAACAUCUUCCUCAAAUAGUGGGACUUACUGCAUCUCUUGGAGUCGGCAAGAGCAAAGAUAAAGAAGUCGAACACAUUGCGAAUAUGUGCUCAACUCUGGAUGUAAAUAAAAUAAGUACCGUUCAGGAGUACAAAGAAGAUCUGAGAAAUUUCUCACCGAUCAUUCCAGAACAAAUUGACUUCUUCCCAAAGUCGACUGACGGAACAAGCAGAGACUUUGCAGUUUCAGUGAUGAAAUUGAUGGAUAAAGUAUUUCAAUUGAUGUAUAAAGCAUUUACCGACGUAGAAGAGCUUAUUAAAGUUUCUGAUGGAGGAAAAGCAGAGCUACCACAAAAGGACCACACCAAAUUUCUCAACUGGUUGAGUGUUACAAAACGAAAUUUAGCAGAAAGAAUGUUCGCGGAGAUAGAAAUAAGAUCAAUGAAGCAAUACAAGUUCUAG